AUGCGUUUCUCCCAGAUCUCAGCCCUUGCCCUCGUCGGCGCCGCCGGUGCCUUCGCCCAGGAGUACAUCCCCGCCGACGUUGUCAGUGGCAACCCCGAAGGUGUUAACUACGUCGCCACUCUACCUGUGCAGCCUUUCUUCAAGGCUGGCUCCCUGAAUGGCAACGUCAAAGGCUCCGUCUCGGCCAAGGCUGGCCCCGGUGGCGUGGGCGUUCAGUUUGAUGUCCAGUUCUCCAACCUUCCUACCGAGGGCGGUCCGUUCAUUUACCACCUGCACGUCGCGCCCGUUCCCAGCGGAGGCAACUGCACAGCCACCCUGGCCCAUGUCGAUCCCUUCAAGCGCGGCGAGGAGCCUCCUUGCGAUCCCUCGACGCCAGCACUCUGCCAGACUGGUGACCUGUCUGGCAAGUUCGGCAAGAUUACCUCGGAUCCAUUCACGGCCAGCUACGUUGACCCGUACUCGUCCAUCACUGAGGAUGUUGGUGGCUCCUUCCUCGGUAAUCGUAGCUUCGUCUUCCAUUUUGCCAACAAGACGCGCAUCACCUGCGCCGACUUCCACCUCGCCCCGUCUCAGCCCAACACGACAGUCUACCCCACAGGCUCUGCGCUGCCCACGGUUGUGCCCCCCACGACGGUCCCCAUCGCUGCUGGAAACAGCCUCGUUGCUACCCUUGGUGCUGUUGUCGCUGUUGUCCCCGUGCUUGCCUGGACUCUCUUUAUCUAA